AUGACCAAACCCCUGAGCGACUACGUUGCCAUCGACUGCGAAAUGGUCAUCACCACCAAACAAGGAUUCGCAUCGGAAAACAUCGCUCUGGCCAGAGUGGCCGUGGUCAAUCACGAUGGGAAGGUGGUCUACGAGUCGUUCGUACACGUACAUCCGGAUUGCGUGGAGGAUUAUUGUACGAAGUCUUCGGGGGUGAGAGCGUCGGAUCUGGUCGACGCACCGAAAUUCGAGGACGUCCAGGCGAAAGUCAGAGAAGUCAUCAGGGGGAAGAUCGUCAUCGGUCAUGCGCUGUUCAACGACCUCGCCGCCCUGAAGAUCAGACUCCCCGUCGAACGAACCCGAGAUACAGCGCUUUACUAUCCUAUCCGCCACCGCAUGCAGGUCCUUAAAGAGGGCCAAGACCCGGCCUUGGUCAAGGUCGCAAAGGAUGUUUUGGGGCGGGAUAUACAGAUGGGAGAUGAAGGGCAUUCUCCGGUGGAAGAUGCCAAAGCGGCAUUUGACGUCUAUCUAGCUCAUCGGGAAGGAUGGGAAGAAGCGCUGACAGAGGGAAAGGAUGUGACGAGCGCCAUUCCGAACCAUUACGUCGAUUGGUACUUUUAG